GCACUCCACAGCCGCGAUCUGUCGGGGUGAUCGUCCAUUAUACCCGUAUUACAGGUCAGAUCGGGAGGAGGAGCCGCCUGUCAGGAGCAGGAGGAGCUGAGAGCCGGUCCCCCUCCUCCACAGCCGCCGAGGAUGAUGCAACUUCGCCUUUAAGAAAAACCCUCUGACAAUGACAGUUGGUCGCUAGAGAGAACAGCGCCUGCCAGGGGCCACUAACUGCGAACCAGGGGCCACUAACUGCGGACCAGGGGCCACUAACUGCGGACCAGGGGCCACUAACUGCGGACCAGGGGCCACUAACUGCGGACCAGGGGCCACUAACUGCGGACCAGGGGCCACUAACUGCGGACCAGGGGCCACUAACUGCGGACCAGGGGCCACUAACUGCGGACCAGGGGCCACUAACUGCGGACCAGGGACUACUAUAUGCAGACCUAGAGCCGGGGGCCACUCAUAGACUGCCGGUGUGUACAGACCAGGGACCCCUCUAAGACUGAAGCCCCUAUCUACAGACCACCGCCAGGGGCCACCGCAGGAGCUGUCAUCGGACCAGGGGCCACUCGCAGCAUGCUCAGAGAAUUCCGGGAGUGAAGACGGCCGCCAUCUUUACGAGAGUGAUCUAGUGGGAGGAGCAGCCGACCGGUGGACGCGUUUCACGCUUCUCCUGAUGAAUAUGGCAGAAAAGUGUGGUGACAGCGUGCUGAAUGGCGCGGUGCCCGGUGAAACCACCAAGAGAGACGAGAACGUGAAGAGAGGAAACUGGGGCAACCAAAUUGAGUUUAUCCUGACCAGUGUGGGCUAUGCUGUGGGCCUGGGCAAUGUCUGGAGGUUCCCGUAUCUCUGCUACCGCAACGGAGGAGGUGCCUUCAUGUUCCCGUAUUUCAUCAUGUUGGUUUUCUGCGGGAUCCCCAUCUUCUUCAUGGAAUUGUCGUUCGGGCAGUUUGCCAGUCAGGGAUGCCUUGGGGUGUGGCGGGUCAGUCCCCUGUUUAAAGGUGUGGGCUACGGGAUGAUGGUGGUCUCCUCGUACAUCGGGAUUUAUUACAAUGUGGUCAUCUGUAUCGCCUUCUAUUACUUCUUUGCGUCCAUGACGCGGGUCCUGCCCUGGACGUACUGCAAUAACCCCUGGAACACGGACAACUGCGCCGGCGUCCUGAGCCCGUCCACCAACAGCAGCUACAACCUCAGCGUCCAUGGAGACGCCUUCAACUUCACCGAGAUCCUCAACCAAACCGCCAAGAGGACCAGUCCCAGCGAGGAGUACUGGAGGCUUUACGUGCUGCGGUUGUCGGAUGACAUUGGGAACCUGGGGGAGGUGCGGCUGCCGAUCCUCGGGUGUCUGGGGUUGUCGUGGAUCGUCGUCUUCCUUUGUCUUAUUAGAGGCGUCAAAUCCUCCGGAAAGGUGGUCUACUUCACCGCCACGUUCCCGUACGUGGUCCUCACCAUCCUCUUUGUUCGGGGGAUCACCCUGGAGGGGGCGAUGGACGGGAUCAUGUAUUACCUGACGCCUCAGUGGGACAAGAUCCUGGACGCCAAGGUUUGGGGGGAUGCAGCUUCCCAGAUCUUCUACUCUUUAGGAUGUGCAUGGGGAGGACUCAUCACUAUGGCGUCUUACAACAAAUUCCAUAACAACUGUUACAGGGACAGCAUCAUCAUCAGCAUCACCAACUGCGCCACCAGUGUCUACGCCGGAUUCGUCAUCUUCUCCAUCCUCGGCUUCAUGGCCAAUCACCUGGGUGUGGAUGUGUCUAAAGUGGCCGACCACGGUCCUGGUUUGGCUUUUGUGGCGUAUCCAGAAGCCCUGACGCUGCUGCCGAUCUCACCUCUGUGGUCCGUUCUGUUCUUCUUCAUGCUCAUCCUCCUGGGACUCGGGACGCAGUUCUGUCUGCUGGAGACUCUGGUCACCGCCAUUGUGGAUGAGAUCGGAAACGACUGGAUCAGACGCUGGAAGACGAUUGUGACGCUGGGGGUGGCCGUGGUGGGUUUCCUGCUGGGAAUCCCUCUGACCACUCAGGCCGGGAUCUAUUGGCUGAUGCUGCUGGAUAACUACGCCGCCAGCUUCUCCCUGGUCAUCAUCUCCUGCAUCAUGUGCGUCGCCAUCAUGUACAUUUACGGACAUCGGAAUUACUUCAAGGACAUUGAGAUGAUGUUGGGGUUCCCCCCUCCCCUCUUCUUCCAGAUCUGUUGGCGUUUCUUCUCUCCAGCCAUCAUAUUUUUCAUCCUGAUCUUCUCCGUCAUCCAGUAUCGGCCGAUCUCGUACAAUGAUUAUGUGUACCCGGGCUGGGCCAUCUCUCUGGGCUUCCUGAUGGCGCUCUCCUCAGUCAUCUGCAUCCCCUUAUAUGCUGCAUUCAAGAUUUGGCGCUCAGAGGGUGACACUUUCCUGCAGCGGUUGAAGAACGCGGUGAAACCCAACAAGGACUGGGGCCCCGCACUCUCCGAGCACCGGACCGGCCGUUAUGCGCAGAUGGACGACAGCCCCGAGGCCCAACCCCUGAACCCCGAGAAGCACAAGAAGGAAGAGAUGGGCCUGACAAUACAGGGUAGCAACGGGCAGGCCCACAACCAAGACUCUAAGGUGUAACCAGCCGGGCGGAGGGGGAAGAGGCGCUGGUGUGUGGAUGACCCCUUUACCCUCGCCCCCUGCUCCUUCGUGUUUUCAUCCAGACCAGUCGUUCCCUCCGUUGCCAUUUCCAGCCGGUCACCUAAGAACUCCCGGACUCUUGGGGAGAUAAGAACCCUUCAGCUGCUGAGCAGAGGAGUCGGGCUUGUUCCUGCUCCCCUACACUCGGGACCACCCAGAGGACACUGCUGAUGAGUGGGAUCAUUGUCUCCAUAGAUGGGAGGUUGCGCGUGCGCGGGGGAGGAGUAGUUCUUCUAACGCGUCUAACCAUAGUUUACAGAAAAGAUUAUUUUUAGAGUUUAUAUAUAAACCUCAGAUUUCUAAUGUUGGGUGGUCAGGGGCCAUGAUCCCACCCUCUCUCCUCCUUGGCCAGUCACGGGUCUGGGCGACAUCGCCACAACUCGUAUGAACAUUUAUACUGCGCCAAGGAAGGGAAACAAGAAAUGCAAGCGUCACAUUAUUUCCUGUUACUUGAGGACGGCGGGAGGUGCAGCGGACACCGUGGGAAAUCAGAGGAGGGGUCCGCCCGCCCCCGCUGCGUCCAUCUGACUGAUAUAAGGGGGGUUUCUACCUAUCUCUACAGCUGUGACUGCCGGGGGGGUAACAUUCCUCACCCGUAUCACAGCGCCUCCUGUGGAUCAAGGCUGCUCCGUGUCAGUAUUCGGUAGAUAUCAGAGUCGUCUCCUCGCGUACUGUGCGCAUUAAGGUUUUUGGUAACAGGAUGGAUUUUGUGGUAUUAACUCUUUAGGAUUUUCACAAAUCUAAGUCCUGUUCCCGCUGUCGUUUCAUCCACUGUAGUCUCACGUGUCCUGCUCCGCACACCCGGCACCAUAUGGGCUUUACACGAGAACCGUUCAGCAUCUGCAGUAUAACCUGGAUUCUGGACGUAUUCGCAGGCUGUAAAGAGUCACACAUACCUCCUUACAGCAGUGCAGUAAAGAGUGACACGUACCACCUCACAGCAGUGCAGUAAAGAGUGACAUGGACCUCCUCACAGCAGUGCAGUAAAGAGUGACACGUACCUCCUUACAGCAGUGCAGUAAAGAGUGACCUUGUACCUCCUCACAGCAGUGCAGUAAAGAGUGACAUGGACCUCCUCACAGCAGUGCAGUAAAGAGUGACACGGACCACCUCACAGCAGUGGAGUAAAGAGUGACACGUACCACCUCACAGCAGUGCAGUAAAGAGUGGCAUGUACAUUCUCACAGCAGUGCAGUAAAGAGUGACAUGUACCACCUCACAGCAGUGCAGUAAAGAGUGACCUUGUACCUCCUUACAGCAGUGCAGUAAAGAGUGACAUGUACCUCUUCACAGCAGUGCAGUAAAGAGUGACCUUGUACCUCCUUACAGCAGUGCAGUAAAGAGUGACACGUACCACCUCACAACAGUGCAGUAAAGAGUGACACGUACCUCCUCACAGCAGUGCAGUAAAGAAUGACACGUACCACCUCACAGCAGUGCAGUAAAGAGUGACACGUACCUCCUCACAGCAGUGCAGUAAAGAGUGACCUUGUACCUCCUUACAGCAGUGCAGUACAGAGUGACGUACCUCCUCACAGCAGUGCAGUAAAGAGUGACACGUACCUCCUCACAGCAGUGCAGUAAAGUGACCUUGUACCUCCUCACAGUAGUGCAGUAAAGAGUGACCUUGUACCUCCUCACAGCAGUGCAGUAAAGAGUGACAUGU